GCCAUAGUCAUAUGAACGUUAAAAUAAACCCUCUGAAACUCAAAAACAACCUACCAGUGAUGAGAAGCACGGCAUGGCCGAAAGACAGGACAUUGAGGUGGAGGAGGCUGAGCAGGUGUACCUGCUGAUGAAAGAUGAGUACAGGAUAUCACGCAAUGUGCGUCUGUCCUGGUUUCUCAACAGACUCAAUCAGGUCAUUCGGCCCAGUCCACAGUCUGAGCUGCUCAAGUCAAAGAAUGAGUUGGAUGUUUUGAGUGUCCUACCGAAAGGAUGGCAGCCCAAUUCUCUUCCCUCGUCCUGCUCGUGUCUGCUGGUUCCUUCCACACGCGUGACCUUCCUGGCUCAUCGGUACCGCUUAAUCAUCGAGCUGGAUCUCAGUCCUUCCACUGGGAUUGUGGAUGACAGCACUGGAGAGAUGAUCUUUGAUGAAGUCUUCCACGCUCUGUCUCUGUGUUUGGCUGGACUGGCGAGACCCUUUAAAGUUCCAGGAACUGAUCAUGAGUUCCGGCCCGAGAUCUUCAUCACUAUUCUAGCAUAUUCCUCAAUCAUUGGGCUAAGUUCACACCAGGUGUUGGUUCAGGGCUGUCAGCUGCACUGUAUGGAUCUGGAUCAGUUUCUUCAUCAGAUCUAUCAACAGUUGAGAACCGUGGAGAGCAACAUUGCUGAAGUUCUACAACAGCAGCACAAUCAGAUCAAUGGUUCUCUGUAUCAGUCUUUCUCUAAUGAUGCUGUGGAGGAGGCAUCUCAGAGGAAGCCGGUGGUUUCUAUGGUGACCGCAGAUGUUGGGCUGGUCAGUAUGGUGAGGCAGGGGAUCCUGGCACUACAACUACUUCCUCCAAACUCGGGUGCAGGUAUAAUAAUCAUCACAGAUGGAGUGACGAGUGUCCCUGAUGUAGCGGUUUGUGAAACUCUUCUGAACCAGUUAAGAAGUGGCACCAUCGCCUGUUCUUUUGUCCAGGUGGGCGGAGCAUACUCAUACGACUGUAGUUUCGGUUACAUCCCCAAUGUGGAGCUUAUGAAGUUCAUCUCCAUGGCAACCUUUGGCUCGUACCUGUCCAGCUGUCCAGAGCCCGACUCUACAGGCCAUGAGAUGAACGCUUACCAUCGUGCCUUCCUCACAUACUCCUUCCUGAGGACCGGCGAGUCCAUGAACCCGGAGUACUACUGCUUCUCUCAACACCGGCUGUUUAAUGAGCACCUGGUGUCGGCCAGUGGAAACCCGGCAUUAGUGAUGCGCAGGAAGAAACACACAGAGAAGGAAGUUCACGCCGACUUAAUCAGUGUUUUGUCCAUCCGACUGAGAGAGGGAUACACUAUCCGAGAGAUUAACAUCACUAAAGGAGGAACUCAGUUGGAGGCGAAGUUGGUUCUCCUCUGGAAGCAUAACAUGCGCAUUGAGUAUCUUGCGGUGGCAUCAUGGCCCUUGGAUCCGACCAAACGCACCACUUGGGUGGAUGUGACCAUGGAGGGCAGCUACGACAUCCUGCACGACAUCAGCUGCACCAUGAGAAAGCCAAUCACAAGCCCUUACCGCACAACUGUCAUACGACGUUUCUGGAACACUCUGCAGAGUAUAAAUCAGACAGAUCAGAUGUUGGUGCACCUGCAGUCCUUUAAUUCAAUCCCAGAACACUACACCAUUCCUGAAAGCACAAAAAAUGGAGUUCCUCUGUUUUAUAUUCCACCUGGAUCCACCACACCGGUCCUCUCCCUCCAGCACAGUGGCUCUAAAGACUCCAGCCAAUCACAGUUUGCCUCCUACUGGAAGCCCAUCCUGUCCAUUGAUGCAAACUUCUGGCAGCGCUGGCUGCACAUGCAUCGCAUUGCUAUCAUUCUGGAACAUGACAUCCCGGUCCCAAAACAUGUGCACAACGCUGGCAGUAAUGGACGAUUUGGUACCAUCCAGUGUCGAAUCUCUCACUCUGCGCUCACCUCACUGCUGAGAGACUGGAGCAGUUUCGUCCUAGUGGAGGGGUACUCGUACAUUAAACUCAUAUACAGUGCCUCUGAGUUGCCGCCUGUCUCCUUCUAUCUGGUCCGUCUGAUCUCUAAAGCUCCCUGUAUGGUGCUGAGAUUGGGCUUUCCCAUAGGAACUAUGGCACACACCAGAAACAAGAUUGUGGAUGAACUUCGAGAGCAGAUUCUACGGCUGCGGUUUCCUCAUCGAGUCCAGAAUAAGGAGGCCACACCAAAGACCAAACGCAAGAUUCUGGGUAACGCUUCGCCCUCUAAGUCCCCGCCUCUUCCUCCGCCCAAUCCUGCGCUGUCAGACCGGCCAUGUGUCGUAGUGCUCGACAAACCUCUUGAGAAACUACUGAUCAGGUACGAGAAGCUUCCGUCAGAUUUCCGUACACCUUUUAUCUUAAACAUGGAGCCAUUUGCUCAGCCACUCAACAUGGGCGCCCCUCUCAGUAUGGCCGCCAGCCGCACAGCAUCUUCCACCGUGGCGUCACUCUCGCGAUAUUUCCUGCACCAGCGCUGGGUAUGGGCUGUGCAGAAUGGGCCAGGAACCGCUGUAUCCCUGCAGGCUGUGGCUCACAUUCUGUCCAUGCUCUCUGAGAUACGUCUGUCUGAGGGCUUCCAUUUUGCAGCGAGUGGCGAGGGAAUUGUCAACAUGGUCACCGAACUGCCUAUGCAGAGUCUGCCUGCUCAUUUGGAGCAAGAAAACCACACCUGCAUUGUCCAGUACAUCCUGUUUCCACCACACUCUACUUCCACUAAGGACAGUUUCUCCACAGAUGAUGAUAAUGACACUGAAGUGGAGGCGAUAGAUAUGGACACAGAACUCAGUUUGGUGACAGAGUGUUGGGUGGAACCACAGAGUGGGGUGGUCUGCAGUUUACUGGACCAGCACCGACACUUUCAGAACCUCAGCUUCCAGGAGAUCCCACAGGCUAUUUUUCCAAUUGACAUGUCGUGUAUGUCCACGAUGAUUACGUUUGAAUACCUCAUUCAGCUGUGUCAGAAUAAAGAGCAGGUGUGCCCGCUCAGCAGGGUCAAAGAUGCUCCAGGUGAGGUCACCGCCGCUGCUGCAGAUGACUGCAUACACACUGUGCCUUUCCAGUUUGACUUGAUGAAACUCCUGCCCAAGUGCCAACAGAUAGAGCUCUUUUUUUUCACGUUAAGUCGUGCAGAGCAAGAAGAUUCGACCCGUAGUGCCCCCUCUCUGUCCAAUGACCUCCUCCUCAGCCUCUUCCACAGCUCUCUGCAGAAUGAACUCAGCGAUCGAGAGAUCCCAUUGGCCAACGCGGAUCAUGUGGCAUUCAUGCAUCACAUUCUGGAGCGGGAGAGAGAUGGUCAUGUGGCUCCAUUCUCACUUCCUGUCAUUAAAGAAGAGUGUUUGAGGCCUCCAGAGCGACAGGACACUGUUCUGUCAUUCCACACUAUGAGCAGCAGUAAAGAGAUGAUGGGCUCCUCCAGCACACUACAGAGUUUCAGUAAUGCAGAUCUUGUGGAUGGUGAGUCCGCUGGCAUUGAGACCGAUGAAGCAUCUCCACACUGGAAAUGUUACGUCAGAUACAUCAGUCAUCAACAGAUCCUGCUAACCUUCCUGCCAGCUACAUUUGCAGAUGUGCAGCUUUUGAUGUCUUCUGGACUGGAAACUGAACCUCAAAUCAGCAGCAGUCUGCAGGAGGAGGAGACUUGUAGUCAUGGCAACGGCCAAUCACAGACUGAGUCUAUCAGCAACUCUGUCAAUGGUCCAGUGGUUGUGGGACAUCCUGCUGAUUUUAAAACAGGUGAAGAUGUUGAAAGUUACUCGCUGUCCAUAGAGGAGUCUACAAUGGAGCCAGACACGGUGUUGGAGAUAUCUACAGAGCAAAAACACAUCAAUACAAGAGAUACAGUUACAGAAGAGAAGGACGGCGUGCAGUUUUUGGAGCCCCAGAAGCGGGACUGUCACAUCACAUUUAGUAGACAGGUGUCUCAGCAGAGUAGCUCUGAUGCAGCUCGACCCCGCUGUCCCAUCUACAUCUACAACUGCUCACUGCCAUCACUCAAAGACCAGCUCGUCCAUCCACGAUCAGCACGCCAGCCUAGAGAUGUCUUUUACAGGUCAAUCUCUCAAGAGCGCAGUAGCGCCUCCUCCUGGACAGAACUCAUGGCGCACCCUCACAAACACAAAGAACUGGCCAACUACUGCAGUCUUCUACAGGAACACUACUACCAGAGCUACGUCAAAGGUGUGUAUCGCAGUCUGCAGCAGUCAUAUAGUGUGAGUUCACAGGACGUCCUGACCGCCAUGGACUACUGCGAAGAGUCGCUACAGGAGAUUGACAUCACUUCAUUCCUGCAGACCCUGUGUGGACACAUACGAGUGUUCCGCGAGCGGCAUGAGCUGCACGGCUGCGUCAACGUAUGCAAGUCCAGUAACUGUCCCGCAACCUUCCUCAUUGGCGAGGGAGAGGAUGAGACGGCUGAUAGAGCCACACUUGUGUCUUCAUCCAGUAUCGAGUUAGAGGACGUAAGUGAAACCGAUUCCAGAGGGAAACAAUCUGUUCCGACUUCACCUUUGGCCCUGCAUGAACCAAAGCCUCCUAAAAUCCUAGAUUUCCCCCUGUCUCUGCUCCAGUCCCAGCAGAAGUGUGAGGUGAACCCUGACUUACACAAAAUCAUACAGGACAAGUUCACGGAAAUUGGUGCCCAGUAUUUCAAGACCGUACCUUCAAACCCACAUUAUUUCUUUUACUGUCCUCUUUCUUCCAAAAAAGAGGAGGACUCGGACAGAGAGGGAGAGAGGAGAGCCAGUGAAGAGGGUGAGGUUUCUGAAGCUGAACUGGCAACAGAAGAUGAGAAUGUGUCUGGCUGCUGUAUCGUAACGGAGAGUGACACGGAUCUGGAAGUGGAGUAUCAGGAAUGUGGGAAUGGUAAAGCAGAGAGUGGUGAACAGGAAGCUAAUGGCGGUGAGUCCCCAUCAGACUCCAACACGAUGAACCAGGAUGAAGAUUCUUUCAGCAUUCUGGAUGGAGACUCACUGCUUGACGCAGAGGGUCCGCAGCCGGAGAUGCCCCCUCUGUUUGUGCACCUCACCUGCUCGGUCAACAUGAAGAGCUGCCAUGGCUCCAUGCCAACGCAAACAUUGCCGACCUGUCUGGGUGAAGUCAUCACCUGUCUGGAGAAUGCAGAGAAUCUUCAGUCGGUGGAUCUGAAUGAGUUAUCGGUCACUCUCGAUAUCUUUGUUCUCACAUUGCCUGUAGAGAUAGAGGCGAUGGCCCCUGACUUCCACCACAACCGGUACACAUCUGAGAGCAGCGUGUCUCUGAAUCGCUCCCCCGGACAGCCCUCGUCCUAUCGCUCUGAUGAAGAUCUCAUGGGAAAUUUAGAUGGCCUGCGGGGGAUUGGUGAGGAAAGUAUGUCUGGUGAUCCGCUGUCCAAACUUCCUGUUCCUCACAAAAUUGCUGUUUUAGCCACAAUGGAUGAGAUCCGUUGGCUGUUGGAGGAUGAGAUUGUCUCCGCUCUACGACACUCUUUUGUGAUCAACUCCUCCACCCUACAGAAAGUGUCCAAGCACGUGUGCCGUUCCAGCGGCCGCCCGCAGUGCCACUGUGAGGUCGUUCCUCUGCAGUUUGUGUUCGGUCCUGAACAGUCACUGGAAAAGUUUCAAGAGGAGUUCAGGACGUUAUCUUUCCCUGGUUACCUGCUCAAUGCCGAGCAAGACAACUUCCACUAUGUGUCGCUUAGUCGGCAGCAGUCUCACAGACUACAGGUAGCUAGACAGCUGUCUCACAUCACAGAAGGAUGCUCAACAGGGACGGGAGCGACCUCUCAGCAAACCAAAGUCUGUCCUGAGGUGGAUGAUGGCUCCAAAGUAUCAGCAAACCUCUGCACAUCUGACAAAGGACCAGACGGUGAUGGCGAACCAAAGAAAAAGGGGCCAGACACUGAAGUUGAGUAUAGUGAGCGAGAUGCGCAAAAGGACUGCGAUGGCGUGGACCGACCCACGGCGGCUGACUCCUCCAGUGAAUCUCUCUCGGAGACCUCUGACCCCAGUCAGAUAAGACAGGCUGACGUAGAAGAGACUCGAUCUCAGAGCGCAGCGAGCAGCACUUCUCGCCUGCAGACGGGCAGCAGCACGGAACAUUCGUCUGAUCACACGACACCUCCUAAAACACCCUCUGCUGCCAGUCUGGCCGAAUCCAUGCAGUCCACCACACACAGCAGUGGCAAACUGUGGCCCAGUCGAGUUCAGAGUGUCGUCUCCAGUCAGGGCAGCCUGGACUCUGACAUGUUGGGUUAUGAUGGAGGCAGCAGUGAUUCUGAAUGUGAAGGACCCACAAUGAAUGAGCAGGAAAGACUGAUGCCCCUCAUGCCUGAUUUCUGGCUCAUCAUCAGGAUUCAUCAAGACAGAGUGGAGGUCUUUUCACAUGCCAGAAGCUUCAGUAGAGAGAAAGAAGAUGACGAGGAGGAGAUCCCGGAGUAUUUACGUCUCCAUCAGCUGGUCGUGAGGAGGAUCGGAGAAAUGUGCAGAAUUGUUAACCAGCGACUCCUGCUGCAGGACCUGCAUGACAGUCAUGUAUGUCACUCUCUCCUGGUGGCAGAGAGUGAAGAAGACAUCUGGAAACACGAGUCACUCUACAGGCCCAGGAUGACCAACUCUGACGACUACAACGCCGAUGAGAGCUAUCAGCCGCGGGACUACCUCGCUGCCACUAUGCAGUUCAUACCAGGGUACUUUGCCUGUGACGUUGUUUGGAACACCAUUAUUUAUAUUCACCCACGCCUCAAAAUGGGACCCAAUAUGGGCGUGUCCCGGGCUAUCCAGGCUUUGCGUUCAGUUCUAAAUGCCUUUUGUGUGGUUAACCGUAAAAACAUGUUUGUGUAUCAGGAGCGCACCACCAAAUCUGUGUUCUAUCUCCGACUCUCUGAGACGGGGAAGCACAGUGAUCUGGACGGAAACAUGCACGUGUCUCGCUCUGUAGGUCUGGCACGCAGUCAGGAGCCACUGGUCUCUGAGGACCUCAUGGUUUCACGUUCAUCUCUGGAAGGCUCAAGGCCUGUUGGACAGGUGGACAAACACAUUUUACUGCUGGUACAUGGAGUGGGGAGUGCAGGUCCAGAGAUCACAGAUGAGUUAGUGAAGGUCCUGAGGAAGCGUUUGGAUGAGGCUACACUAGACAUCAUCACUGUUAUGCUGGUCAGGAACUGCAAACUGACUCCUGCUGAUGUGGAGUUCAUUCAGCCUCCUGAUUCUCCAGCUACAGAAGUGAUGGAGUUUUGUCUGCCUCAGUACUGUGUGCCAUGGAUUCAGGCUGUAGCUCACUACCUCCGUCAGAACCUCCUCAUCUUCCUCCACAUCCCCAAAUACACCGACAGUAACAGCGAGCACCACUUUAAGCAUUACUUUCAUUUAAGCAGUGAGCUGCCUGAUCAUGAUAUCUACCUCUACAAUAAACCAGGAGGACAAGGCACUGGAGGCAAAGGUAUCGCCUGCGUCGCACUGUCGUUUGUGGACUCAAAAGGAUGCCCGUUGCUGCUUCUAGCUCAGGACGGCGGCACUCCGGUUCCCAGAGGAGACGCCUCCACCAUCUCCCUCGAGCAGGCCCAGUUUGAGGCCUUGACGACUGUUGUCAAGGUGGACUCACCCAAUCAGAGCUCAGGUGCAGAUGUGUGUGUGCGGUUUGAUGUGUGGGAGCAGGGUAACAUCAGCCCACUGCAGCUGACAGAAAGACUGAGGGCCGCCCUACGACACGCCCUCUGUGAUGUCGUCAUGGAGAUGCGCGUGCUGCCCAACCCGUUGUGUUUGGACACCUUCUGCCUGCCUGUUGCCUCGCCACGGGAUGUGAAUACAGUACCCUUCAGUCUUCUGCAGUCAGACAGUAAAGAGGUAAAGGAGAGUCCUCGCCAGUCCAGUGGUGCCCACUCGGUCAAAAGCAGCCCUUCCCCCAUCACCCUGAUUUCCACCCCCAGUUCCACUCCAACCACUGGAACCAGCACGCCCGAAUCCACCACACCCACUGGCAAAACCACCCGCCGCAGUUUCUGGGAGAUGUUGAGUAAACCGGAAACCUCUGAGCUUGGCAGUCCGAAGACGACAGAUGACAUCAUACCGGAGCGAGCAGAAGACAGCCGUAUGGGCAGAAGGAGACACAAGACGGAGAAUGUUAAACAGCAGUGGAACCAUGAGAAAGCUAUGGCAGUUGAGCAAGAGCAGGCCCAGAGGAGAUAUGUAACCCAGCUGGAGGAAGGAGAUUCAGGAACUCUUCACCCUGUUUACCAGAACACAUACCUGCCCUGGGUCACCUUCAUGAACAAACUGAGUUGCCCGUCUAUGCAACACUGCGUGGCUGAAAUCAGCCAUAAUUUCCUGCUGCCCUCCAUCCUCACAGAAAUUGUCAAUCUGGUUAGUUCACUGGCCAAUGACACCACAGUCAAAGUGUUUGAAAGAAUCAGCUGUCCUCAGGGAGACAUCUACACCCCUCUGUCAAUCAUCCAACACAUCAGCCAACCACCUGCCACCACUAGGAGUUUCAUUCUCAUUGGUCGCAACUUCAGCCAAUGGCAUUGCAGUACAGAACAAGAAGACAGUUCAGAUGAAGACAACAGUCCAGUUCUAAAUAUUUGCACACCUCAUAAGGGUCUGCAGCGAUUCGAGGCUUUGGAGCACAGUGAUUGGCUGAGACCAGGACAGAUCGUAAGGGGUGUGGCUCCACGUCAGCGCUUCGUGUACAUACACAUAGUGAACAAGAAGGUGACUCUGUACACGUAUAACUGGUCAGUGGAACUGGGCAGCUCUUUGAAUCAAGGUCUGGUCAGACUGGUACACUGGCAGAACGCUCGUGCUCAUGUGGUUAACUGCCUCCUGAGUCAAAAGAUGGGCCUGUUUCAUCAUUACUGCUUCUCUGAUACACCUGCACAUGACGAGCUGAAACAGGAGCCCAACCCAUUCCUGAAUUCCACUUUUGAGGCAGAUGCUCUCUUGAGGAGUCCGGUUCCUCCAGUUGUGAGUAAGGAUCAGGGUCGGUUAGGCAGCUCGGCUCGUGGUCUUCCUCUGGCAUUCCCUGGAGAACUCGUGCCUUUUGAUGAAGCUCUGAGGGAUGUGAACACCGUGAGGCCGUUGGCCAGUCAGGACGGAGCUGAUAUUGUUGCUCGGCAUGGAGUUCAACUUCUGGAGGUGAAAGCAGCCGAGCGCAGAGAAUUAGAGAGACAGAUGAAGAUUGAGAACCUGUUUGUGACGUGGCAGCAGCGUUCAGCUCAGUCCAACAUGCCCAUCUCUGUAGCAGAUCUGGACACACUGAAGCAGUCCUCUCGACUGGUCCAUUACUGCGCUACACCGCUGCUCUUUGACCCUGUGUUCCGGAAACAGAUUCAAGAGGAACAGAUCAUCCAGCCACAGAUGAAGAAGAGGCAUUGCUCCAAUGACUCCACCGCGUCGGGCAGGGAUCGCAGCUACAGCACGGACUCUGCAGACAUGCUGCCCAGCAGACUGAAGGACGAGUCGUGGCUGCAAGACAUCUCCAGCACGUUCCUGCAGCAGUAUGUGCAGUAUCUGCAGAGCAUGGGCUUCAUUCUGGUGCAGGUCCGGCCGCAGUCGCCCGCCCGCAGUAUUGCUCGAGCUCGUGCCGCCAUGUUGAAUUCUUUGUCCACUGAAGGCAGAUCUUCAUUCUCUUCUUUCUCGUAUAAUAAACAGAAGAGUGAAGACAGCCCAAAGCAGAGCAGCAGUGGCUCGAGCUCGACGUCGUAUUACCUGCAGAGGGCGCUACCAGGAGGCAUCGUGCUGAUGGAACUGGCCUUUCAAGGCUGUUAUUUCUGUGUGAAGCAGUUUGCAUUAGAAUGCUCAAGAAUCCCCAUGGGUCAAACGGUUAACUCUCAGGGUUCUCUUCUCAACAAAUCUCCUAGCAAGCCGUUCCCGGAGACGCCCACGGGCUCUGACUCAGCGCUGUCCAUGCUGUUCACUGAGGAGUGCGAUAAGGUUCGUGAUCUGAUGCAUGUUCACUCGUUCAGCUAUGAUUUCCACCUGCGUGUAGUGCAUCAAUACCUGCUGGGCUGUCACAUGACCCUGCGGCAGGGCUACCAGCUCACCAGCUUCCUGGAGGACUUCAUCGCUCAUCACCCGGAUAUACCCAAGUUUGGCCGGAACCACGUCUUCCAGGGGAGUUUCUCAAUAUCAACGGGGAUGAUUACAGCACACCAGCUGUAUAAUUACAUCACUGAUCACGCUGGAACGUAUGGAAUGAAACCUCUGCGCAUGUCUAAAGCUGCAGUUACAACCGACAACAAAAAAGGGGUGCCAAGCGUGGAUUUGCACGAGUAUGCACUGGUAGCUCUGUGGAACAGCUCUGGCUCGUAUAAAGACCUGGAUGGACUACGUCACCAUGAUGACUUUGAUGUGUCGCUGCUGGUGUGUCAUAAUGCCGCUCCGUUUGAGGAGCAGUCUGAAGGAGAGCGACACCUGCUCAGGUUGCGUUUCUACGUGAUCAUGACCAGUCAACGGGAGCUGUUCCCACGAUUGACCGCAGAUAUGCGUCGUUUUAAGAAGCUUCCUCAGAUCUGUCGUGGCCCCAGUGACCGUAUCCCUCUGGAGCGAAUGGAUUCUGGCAGCGUCGGGGCACAAGAAUCAGAACAAGACCUGUGGGAGGACACUACGGCCCCCGUGUACCCUGCAACAAGCCCUGAAUCUGACCCCAUAGAGGUUAUCAGAGAAACUGAUGACUCUCAAGGGCUGUUCUACAUGUCUCCCGUCUUCCCCCUGCUCAAUUCGGAAGUGAUGUCGGCACGCCGGCAGAUCCAGAGCAGUGUGGAGCAAGCCAUGGGUCACUGUCGCAGGGAUAACCUCUGGAGGAGGCUGUUUCAUGGAGAGCAUUUGGCACUGGACAAACUUAAACUCAGCAAGCUGGCCUUCAGUGAACUAGAAGAGCUAUUAGAUGCUGUGCAGAGCAGAUCGGUGGCUGAAAUCGACCCACAGCUGGACUGUUUCCUGAACAUGAGUCCCGCCUGGUACCAGAGUCUCAUUAAAGUUCUAUUAUCACGAUUCCCACAGAACUGCAGGCAUUUUAAGGACGACGGUGGUAUUCAGUACCUGGCUGUCCUGAACCAGAAGUUCACAGACUGCUUUGUGCUUGUGUUCCUGGACACCCAGGCUGGAAAAACUAGUCUGAAGGUUGUUUUCAGGGAGGCUUUACCAGCACAGACUCAGUCGAGCAGCAGUCCACCACCACAGCUGGUCUCCAUGUACCACCAUCUGGAGUCCAUCAUCAACACAGCUUGCUACAACCUCUGGACUGGCCUGCUGUAAACCUGUACCAGUCUCUUUGAGCAUGCUGAUAUGCUUUAUUUUAGUUGAAAUGUACCUGUGGACUAUAACUCUGUGUGAAUGAAAAGUUAAGAGAGUCCCGAGUUGAAAUCAUUGAGCCCGGUUUGUGCUGAUUUCUUCCAAGAUUCAGCUCUGAGCUGCCUCCCAGUGACACGUCUCGUGUGUGUAAUGCGUGUUGCAUCAGCCAGGGUCAUUCCGUUUAGGCGAUUAUAAUGCCCACAUUUUGCACCGCAGAACAGCUAAACGGGCUACCCUGUUGAUUUCAGUGAACGAUUAGCUGGUGGGCUUGAAUUGGUGCGUGAAAUUCAGCUGGUUUGCCAAAGCCAUGCUCUCCUUCUGUAUUUGUGUUCAUUUGAGCUUUUUUUUUUCCAUCUCUCUGUUGCUGAUGAGAAAAUUGGGAGGUGAUUCUGUAGACUGUGUGUGUUUGUGUUAGAUCUCGAUUUUUGUCCAGUUUAAAGUUUUGAUCCGAUUAUGUCCGGUGAAGUUGGAGAACCACAUCAGUUUUGUUGCUGUUUGCAGGAUGUUCUAUGUAAUUGUCCUUACUGCCAUUUCUUCAUACGUUAAGUGCCUUUAUUUUCCUAAUUAUGGUAGCAAGUGUAUUGUUUUGACCUUGCAAGAAGAUCUUUACAGUCGACUAAUUUUUCAUGGACAAAUUCACUUUUGAGUACAUUCUGAAGUCAGGACGGCAGAACAAUUACAGCUUUUACUAAACACACAAAAAUACACAUCAGCAUACACUAACAAUUGUUUUCUCUUGUAUUUUUGACUAAAUAUUAAAAACUAGAUACAUUUACUCAAGAAAAAAACAAACUUUCUUUUAAAGAGUAUGUGGUGGUAGCACUUGGUGGUAAUGCAUUAGAUAUCAUGAACUAAUGAUGAACAAUAUAUGUUUACAGCAUUUAUUCAUCUUUUUUAAUGCUUGUUAAUAAAAAUACAAAUUUUCAUUGUACAGUAACUAAUGUUAACAACAGUUACAACUUGUGAUUUAAAUUUUUUUUUUUAUAACUAUGUUGAAAUUAAUAUUAUGCUGUAAAAAUAUUAUUCAUUGUUAGUUCAUGUUAACUAAUAGAAACGUUUUGUAAAGUGUUACAGAAUAUGUCUGGAAUAAUUUUUUGCUCCACAUUGGCAAGUAUAUGUUUCUUGUUUUAAGCAGACUUUAGGCUGUUUAAGCUUAAAAGAAGAAUAAACAAUUUUCCAAUUGAUAUGAAAAAAUUACUUGAUUUAUUAUUUUUAUUAUCAUCAUUUAAACUUAUCUUAAGAUAUUCUUGGAAAAUAGGUCUUAAAAUUGUACAAAAAUUUUUCUUUAAAUAAAUCAUUUAACUGGAAAACAAGACAAACGAUACUGAUACAACUUUUUUUUUUUUUUUUUUGGGUGCAUUGUACAAAAACACAACUACUGCAUCAACAUAACUUUAAUAACGGGACUGAUGCGGCACUCACUGUGCAAAGAUCACGGAGAACUUUUCGCCAACACGUCACAUGACGGUAACCGAAUGUGUCGUGGUGUUUUUAGCCGCCAUGUUAAAAAAACCCUGAAGAAUUGAAUGAAACUAUUCAUUUUAAAGUACUGUUUCCUUUAUGCACACUGGACUCUUCAUAAUGGACAUCCAUUGAUGUGUGAAUGUUUGGCAGAAAAUAUAUUAGCAAUUCAACUGUCUGAAACUGUUGUAAUAUGUACAUUAUGUAUAUACCGAGUCAGAUUUGUAAGAAAACAGCUUAAUAAAUCUUAAGUUAAAAUGU